UUACGUAAAGCUGGCGCUCCGGUUUCCCUGGCGGAGAAGAUGGCGGCUCCUGGACCGGGGGAGUAUUUCAGUGUCGGGAGCCAUGUCUCUUGCCUCACCUGUUUAGGCCAACGUUUGCAGGGUGAGGUGGUGGCUUUCGAUUACCCGUCCAAGAUGUUGACUCUGAAAUGUCCUUCCUCCAGUGGUAAGUCCAACCUCAGUGAUGUCGUCCUGGUGAAUUUAGCCUACAUUUCAGAGGUGGAUGUUAUUAAUGAUCGCACUGAGACACCACCUCCUCUAGCAUCAUUGAAUGUUAGCAAGCUUGCCAGUCGGGCGAGAUUGGAAAAGGAAGACAAGUUGUCCCAAGCCUAUGCAAUCAGUGCUGGGGUGUCAACUGAGGGCCAGCAACUAUUCCAGACUAUACACAAAACCAUCAAAGACUGUAAAUGGCAGGAGAAGAACAUCAUUGUGAUGGAUGAUGUCAUAAUCUCACCACCAUACCAGGUGGAGAACUGCAAAGGCAAAGAAGGAAGCGCUCUAAGUCAUAUACGCAAAAUUGUUGAGAAACAUUUUAGAGAUGUGGAAAGCCAGAAGUCGAUGCAACGUACACAAGCACAGCAAACACAGAAGGACUCGUCUUUAUCCUCCUGAGUGGGGGGGUAUAGCUCAUCUGGGGAGGGCACCAUGGGCAUCAAGGGCCUAACAGCUGGUCGAAACCAGCGCUCUUCUCCCCCUCUGUGGCGUAGUCCGAGGGUGGAUGCACCAAGGGCCAAGGGUCUGGAAGAUCAACAAAAGAAACAAAACAACAAAAAAACAUUUAAAAAAAGAAAAAAUGUUUUAAGAAAAAAAAAAGUGAGAGUGCAAAGGCCAUUUUAAAUUAGAAUUUAUAAAGAUAAUUUAAAACACCAACCAUCAAACAACCAUAGUUUCUUUGACUAUGUGUCUUAUCCCUUCUCUGCACCUUCUUUCUUCUACUCCUAUGUUUCAUCUGAAUUAGCUUUUCAUGUUUUCUUCUCUUACAUCCCUCCUUCGCCUUCAAUUCCAUUUUGUCAAAGAUCAGAAAAGCUUGUUAGUUUUAUUUUCUUUGAUGCUUUGUUUUCUCUUGCCUGUUUAUGUUCUUCAAGUGUCUGUCUUCUGUAUUUUAAACAAAUUGUGACUUCAGAUUCCACACGUUAGAAGGACAUUUUCUAAAAUAAAACAGAAAUUCUGACUGGAAUACUGUACUUUCCAUAUAGCUCUUUUUGAAAGCUGAACUGGGAACAUGUUAUGGAUGUAAAAGGGUUUUUUAAAAAAUGCUGGAAACCUCUGUCAGCAGUUUGAAUGCUUACAUUCUGGUUAUGUGGAUUUUUCCACUUUCUAAAAAGAUUGUCGAAUAAUAUUUUAUUCAGUGAAGACUGCCAUGGACAGUUAAUUCAAUUUCUGAUGAGGGGUUUCUAUGAUCAACUAAUAUAGGGUGCUUCUCAUUCCUUUAAUUGUGCAUACUUGUUUCUUUGCACCGCCGUCCUUGAGCCUGUGACUCAGAAACCAAAGUCUCCAAUCAUGAAGGAUGUAUCAAGUCUCUAAAUGCAUUACAAGGGGCCAAUGUCAGAGGAUUGAGGAAGCCUGAGGAUGCUUGAGUGAGGAAGUCAAGGUGAGGUCAACAUACCUGAAGCACACAUACAUUCUCCUUACAAUAGUUUUAAUUAAUGCUUGACAUUUGUGGAUUGAAUAAACCAUAAUUUUUGCAUACUUUAACAGUUCAUGUUGAAUUAUUAGGUUUAAUUAUGAAAACCUAAUUUCCUACAACAUAAUGCAGCUGCGCAGGAACGGCACUCUGAAGUGACGUGAAAUCUGUCUUGCUUCGAUUCCUCCGCCUCGUUUAAUUUCCUUGGAUCCUGUCCUCAUUUCCUAAGAGGGAGGAGCUUGGAAGUAAGAAAAGGAAGAAAAGAAAGAAAAUUAUGCACAAUUUCAUAAAUGAGAAGCAUCCAUAGUGUUUGGAAUAGCAGACUACCAUACUAUUUAUUAUACUCUAUAUCAUAUAGAGGAGGGGUGUCAAACUCAGUUCCUGGAGGGCUGCAGCUAAACCUCUGCUGGACUGUGGCCCUCCAGGAACCAAGUUUGACACCCCUCCUCUAUAUGAAUAGAGGAUCACUAAAAACAUAAAUGCAUCGUUUUGAGCACUCAUAAAAAAUUAGGAAUGAUAGUUGGAUUAUGUGUCCAUUAACAAUACUGGGACCUGUUUGCAUCUCCAGACAUACCUUACCAUGGUUUACAUCAAAGUUUGAACAUGGUGUAAGAUGCUCCUUGAGUUUCAAAUUGUGAUCUUGAAAGGACUGAGAGUCAUUCAAAGUAACACUACACGUUCUACUU